GUUGCUUGACGCCUAUGAAGUGAAAUUAAUGCGUAAUUUAGAUGAACAUCAAUUGAAACGUUUGGUAUCGAUAAUGGUAACUCCUGAUAGCGCUAUUAAGUAUGUAAGUAGAUUCAAGUCGUAUUUAGGUUAAAUUAAGCAAGGCGUAUACGAAUUGCACAUUUCACUUGUUCACACAUUUCACUUGUCGAAUUGUAAAAUUAAAUUGGUAUUAGGCUAUAUGCUUCUCAGUAAUCCUCUUCUGUUCAAUUAAUUUAAGCUAAUUGACUGCAACACGCAGCGCCUCAAUAUUAUUUUGAUUGAAUUCAUCUGCCUUAGGAAACACUGAUACCACUGCUCCUGGUAGUGGGGCGUCCCUAGACAGUAACGAAGAUGCAGGUCAGCAUAAAAUGGUCUUAACGGGCAUCGUCUCUUGGGGAGUUGGCUGCGGCCGUAACAGGUUUCCCGGUGUCUAUACUCGCAUUGAAUACUUCACGCCAUGGAUCAUAGCUAACAUUCUGCAGUAUGGAGAGCAAGAAGAUCUACAACAGAUAUCGAGUGCAAUGACUCCGGAGAUGAUGCAGGAAUAUCGGGAAAUGGCGAAGCAUUUUUUUGGCAAGGACUUCUAUGAUUCGUCCAACGGGAACGCAAACGAGCAGACCAUCAACUCGAACAAAUGGAGCAUUAGUUCGUUCCUUACUGGCUUUUUUGGCUAAUAAAAAGUGCUUUACACUUCCUACAACAUUUAGGCGUAUGUUGUAGAACGUCACAGAAUGACGCUAGAAAUUCCAAUUCAUAUUGUCUUUGCUUUGAACAUAGCUGGACACGCGCUGUAAAG